UCACGGCGCAGCGCUCGAGCGGACCCAAGGAGGCGUGAGAGUUUCAACAUGGCGGAGGAUACCUCCGUGGGCGCUCCGAGCUCGCGGGGGCGUGAGGACCCGGAAGACGAGGACGCCCCGGAGCCUGCACUGAUGGAAAAGGCCACAAACGAACAGGAGCACACAGAGUGCCAGGAACUGUUGGACUGCCAGGUGGAGUUCGGGAGCCCUGAGGAAGAGAAGGAGGAGGACGCGGACCUGGUGGCGAAGGCCGAGGCGGUGGCUACCGGGUGGAUGCUGGAUUUCCUCUGCCUCUCCCUCUGCCGGGCAUUCCGUGACGGCCGCUCCGAGGACUUCCACCGCAUCCGCGACAGCACCGAGGCUAUUAUUCAUGGACUCCCUAGUCUUACAGCUGAUCAGUUGAGAACUGUAUACAUAUGCCAGUUUUUGACAAGAAUUGCAGCAGGAAAAUCUCUUGAUGCACAGUUUGAAAGUGAUGAGCGAAUUACACCCUUGGAAUCAGCCCUGAUGAUUUGGGCUUCAGUUGAAAAACAACAUGACAAACUUCAUGAAGAAAUACAGAAUUUAAUUAAAAUUCAGGCUAUAGCUGUUUGUAUGGAACAUGGCAGUUUUAAGGAAGCAGAGGAAGUUUUUGAAAGAAUAUUUGGUGACCCAUAUUCUCACACGACCUUGGAAAGGAAAUUACUUAUGAUAAUCUCUCAGAAAGAUCCGUAUCACUCCUUUUUUCAACACUUCAGCUACAACCACAUGAUGCAGAAAGUUAGAAGUUAUGUGAAUUGUGUGCUAGGAGAAAAAUCAUCAACUUUUCUAAUGAAGGCAGCAGCAAAAGUAGUGGAAAGUGAGAAAACAAGAAUAAUAACUUCUCAAGAUAAACCUAAUGGUGAUGAUGAUGAAACAGAAACUGAUGCUAAUUUGGAUAAAGGAAAAAGUUGCAUUUUAUUUAGGUCUCCCAAGAAUCUCUUCUUAUCUAAGUUGAAACAAGGAAGCUAUCAGCAAGACCUUAAGAAAGAGAGAGCGGUAAUUCUUCAAAGUGGAAGAAAGGAAAACAGAAGAGAUAAUAAAAGACUUGCUUCAGCAAAUCAACCAGUAACUCAUAAAAAACCACAACAUAGGAAAAAAAGGCCAUGGCUUUGGGAAGAAGACAAGAAUUUGAAAUCUGGUGUGAGGAAAUACGGAGAGGGAAACUGGACCAAAAUACUGUUACGUUACAAAUUCAACAACCGAACAAGUGUCAUGUUAAAAGACAGAUGGCGGACUAUGAAGAAACUAAAGCUGAUUUGCUCAGACAAUGAAGACUGAAUGUGUUUGUCAAAGUUUGAUAAAAGGGUAGUUAAGUAGUUUGAUUACUGCAUUAUAUUUGAAACUUGCUGGUCUUUGAUAUAUGUUCAAAAUGUUAUUUAAAGCAUUUUUGUCAGUUUAAUAAGGAUGUGUGCUGUAAAAUUAUAUACCAUCAGCUUAUUCUUCAGUCUGUUCAAUAAAAUAUAAAUAUACUCUACCUGAAUCCAAUACCCAACUCCCAAAUUCUGUUUCAAGAAAAAAUUAAAACUUUAUAAAGGGGGAAAAACUGGGUCUGUUUACCCACUGUAGGCCAGCCUCAGCCUCAUAAGGCACAGCAUAAAAAUGAUUUUCUAGAUAAUUGAGUAAUAAUAGUCCUUUGAGAGGAGAUGAUGAUUUAUGGCUUUAAUGUACUACUUAAUUCCUAAGACAUUUGUUAAUAGAAUGAUAAAUACACGGAGUAGUUAGGAGUUUUGAUAUAUAUGCUUAAGUUUUUCUUUCAAAGUUUUAUGUUAAAGAAAAGACUUGCAAACAGUAAUGACUAUAGGACAGUAUUUAUACCCCUAGCAAGAAUAGCUUUGUGUUUCAGUUAGGAAUGAUUUCACAUAUAUUUACAUUUAAGUAUUAAAACUUUAGUAAGGAUGGUUUUUAAUAAAGCUUUAUAACUUGAUAAUGUGUUCUCUGAUAUUUUGAGUUAAUAAAUCAGUAUUAGGCAUAAAUAAUAAUCUGUAAAGGCUUAAUUUUGUAUUAACCAUGAUCAUCUUGACAUCUAUAAGUAAUACAAGGUCAGAGCUUACUAAACAAGUUUGAGUUUUCACCAACAAUUUAUUCUUUAGAAGUUUUAGUCAAAGACUAACAAUUAUUUAGCAUUUUGAGUUAUAAGUACUUUAUUUAGCAAGUGUUUGAAAAUAUUAAAACAUUGAAGUAUCUGUAUAAAAGUCUUGUAGUGAUACUGUAUUUUAUAAUCUCUUCCUUUUCUGUUAGUUUUAUACAUUCCCUUCCCAUUGUUCCUGAAUGUUUGUUGUCCUGUGUAUAUAGUAAACAAAAACGUGAAUGAUGA